CCUCAGCGUUCCAUCUAUGACACCAUGUGCAUCAACCAACAGAUAGACAGCCACCACCACCACCCUGGGGGCUCCAUACGGCGAGAUAUGGGAGGAGAAGGAAGUUUUAGCUACUCUGCCAGUGGCUCCCUCAGGGUUAGCAGGUCUCCAGCUGACAUGUUUGACACACAGCCUCGCUCUUUGACCCCCAACCCCUCGUUUGUCCGCCGACUUGAUGAAAGAGCCAUCUACGAUUCAUUAAAACUUGGAAGUCAGGAUGCUGAUGGUGGCUGCCAUUCGCCAGGGCGUUACACUCGAUCAGUUUCUCCCUCGGUCUCCUCAUUCUCAGCACCAGGAGUAUCUUCAUCAUCAUCAAAGAAGCACCAUCACCACCACCAUCACCAUGGAGACAGCACAAAGAGCAGAGAUAGCCGACAUUCCUGGAAAGUGCUUACGCCUCCAAAACAGCUGGAGUGUUUGGAGCUCACUACAACUGAAAUGAUGGACAGAGGAGGGGGAUAUCUGAAUCCAGCCCACUACCCUCCCCCUGGAGGGCAGUCCUCCUCUCUCACUUCCCCCCUCAUUUCUCCCUUCUCUGGCUCACCUCUGUCUUCAGGUUACCAUACUCCGGUCUUUUUCUCCCCUGCCAAACCUCGCCCAAGUCAGACCCAAAGCUUGCGCUGCUCCCCUCCCCAUGUCAUCCAGCCAAGGCAUUAUUCUCAAACCCAGAGCCUCAGGCUGUCCCCACCCCAUGAGCUGAGACGAUCUCCCUACAGAGCUCCACUGGUCCAACUGUCCGCCCAUGACCUCGAGCAGGACCUGAGGGAACGAGGAGGAGGAUGGGGUCGGAGUGAGCGCGAAAGAGAGUGGGAAAGGGAAAGAGAAAGGGAGAUGGAGCGAGGGUGGGCACAGAGAGAGUGGGAAAGGGAGAGGGAGAGGGGGAGGCUGGAGAGGGAAAGAGCGAGAGAGAGGGAAAGGAGGGAAACUUCAACAUUUGGGACCUUCGGGUACGGUCGACCAGUCCCUCUACGCUCAGACAGGGAUUCUGUGUUUUUAGACCCAGACCAAGUUUUAGACACAACGCCUCUGUUGCUUCCUCAGCCAUCACCUUCACCUUCCCCAAGUGCUGCCCCUAGAAUGGGCACAUGCGCUGUGGGUAGGAACAGAGCUGGGUCAAAGGUUGGGCCUGAUUGCAUAGGUGGAGUUAUGAUUCCUAAAUAUGACAAUGGCAGUGUUGGUUUGGUGCUAGUUGACAGUAAAACUGGCUGUGGGCAAAGGUACGUAAAUGAAGUAGGGCCUGGAAGCAUGUCAGAGGCUGAGAUCAGGGCAGGAAUACAAGAACAAAAUGCAGCUGAAAGUUGGAGCAAAUAUGACAAUGGAUACCGUGCUAGCAUUAAAAAUGGCUCUGAGACAAGAAUGGGCUCCCAAGUGAAAACAAGACCAGGGGGACGGGAGUUGGAAGGAAAAGUACAAUCAGGGAUGGAGGUAGAAAAUGUGGCCCCACUUGUGAACAGGGAUGGACACAGGGUAGGGGGACGGAGUGGAGAUAAAGCUGGACGGGUGGCUAAACCUGAACCUAUUACUGACAUGACGCAGCCAACUUUGACUGAGGCUGAGAACAGAGAUGAGUAUGGAGAUAGGUUUGAGAUGGGAGCUGCAUCUCAACUAGGGAUGAAGAUGGAGAUAGAGGGAGUAGUUGAAGGUAAAUCAAAUAUGACACAGCUGGUACACAAGCCUGUAACAGAGGAUGAGGCUAUGACUAAAGUUAAGAACGAGCCAGCAACAGAGCCCAGAUUAGAAACUAAAUCUGAGGCAGAAGAUAUCAUUAGACCCUCAACUGAGCCUGAGGCAGUACAAGAUGGAAUGGAUAAUGAGACAGGGACUAAGAGUGGUACUGAGACUGAGGUGGUCAGCGAAGCCCAGAAUAUUACAAAUAUGACAGAGAAAGCUCAGAUAGAAGUUGGAGUUGUGAAUAAAACUGAGACCAUCCUUGCAGAUCAAAGUGAGAAGAAACCUUUGGACAUUAAUAAAAAGGACUCAACUCGUGCAGAUAAAGGGUCUAGAUCUCAUAAGUCAAAAUCAUCUAAGUCCACUUCUAGGACUCGUCCUGGCACGGCCACGGGGCUCCGACCAGGUGUUGUCAGUCCACGACUAAGCAGGGGUCUUGCUGACCUUGAGUCAACAGGUCCUGCUGAGGGUAUAGAGUCCACCUGGCCGCGCCGGAUCAUUGUCAGAAAGAGGACUGUCCGACAGGGAGGGGCGCUUCACAACCUCCCCAUCCUCCCCCCACUCCCCUCGGUCCUGUCAGCAUUGGAGAAGAGGCGCCCACAUGGCCUCCUCCACCCCUGUCCAGGCCACUUCUCUGAGAACCCGCUCACACAGUCUACAAAUAUUGUGGGACGAUGCUCCCUUAAAGAGCCUUCUCAUGCAGAACCGGGACAGGGGACUGGUUUAGUGGGCCGGGCUUCUUUGAAAGAACAGAACCUGGAGCACUGGAGGGUUUGCAGAGAUCAAGAAGAACCUAAAAGAUCCAGAUCAAGGAGUAAGGAGAAACAAGGAGAAAAAAGCAAGGAGAAUGACAGGGAGGAGAAGAAAGGGAAGGAAGACAGAAGAGAGGAGAAGAGAGAUGAAAAAGACAAAACAGAAGAGAAACUUAGUAAAGACAAAGAGAAGGUAGAUAUCUAUGAGGAGCUAGCAGAAGACAGAAAACUAGAAAAGGUAGAAAGAAAGGCUGAAGUCCACAAUGGAAACCAGGAGGUGAAGGUGAUGGUGGAGGAUAGUAGCAUCCAAGUGAGGGAUGAAAUAAAAGAACGGCAUGGGCAGGAGUUGCAGGAGGUUGUGGCAAAGUUAAAUAAAGAAGAAGUUGAGCUGGAGGGAGAAGUGGGGACAUUUAGAGAAGAAGGGGGGAUGGAAAGCUGGGAUGCCGUGCUUGAUAUGGUCAACACAUUGUGGGAUGACGGCUGGGAGAAGGGGGGAGGAGGAGCAGGAGGUGACAAUGAUUCCCUCUCGGGUUCGCUCCAACGUUGGCCUCUUCUCCGGCCUCCGGUUGGCUUUGGAGGCUCACACCCCCCCUCCUCCGCAGCCUCGGAGCUCAGCCUGACAGAGCUGGAGAGGAGAGCCCGGGAACUGGACUCUGACCUGGAACACCUGGACUUGUCUCAGCCUCACAGGGAUGGCCAGGAUUUAUACCCAACGCUCCUUGAGCCACAGAGGGAACGUGCUGACAUGUACCAAACACACCCAGGGCCACAGAGAGAGAAAACUGCAGUCUUGACAGGAGUGGGGAGCAGAUCCCAGGUCAGUUUGGAGCUCAGUACUAUGGCCUCACCAGCAACGGAAACAGACAGAUCUCCAGUAGACUGGUCUGGCAAACCUGCUAGUGGGACUUCCACUAGUGGCAUGAGCUCCGCUAAAGAGGACAGCUCUCCAGACUCCAACCUGACGCUGGAAUCUGACUCCAGUGGCAUCUUCCUCUCUUUAUCCAAUCAAAGCCAGGAGGAAACAGGCUCUGACAGUGACCAGCCAAUCAGUGGCUCUGACCUCGGCAGCAGCAGCACAUCCUUGGAGAAAGACGGGGAUGAUGGAGGGUUAAAGGAAUGGGGAAGGGAGGAGAGCGCAGAGCUACAGUGGUGCUACCCAUCGCUCCUCAACACCUCCCAACAGGAAGAUACUGAAGGAGAUGGUGAAAGAGGGCGAGAGGGGUAUGGGAAGAUGGGAGCAGAUGAAGAGAUGUUUUCAGGUGGGAAUGUAAGGAGAGAUAAGACAGCAGAAAUGGUUUCCAUCAUUUCAUCCCCACUGGACCCUACAGACAGCUCCACUAGGCUAAAUGCCCCACAGGCUGAAGAAAUCCCACCCAGGAAAAAAGUAACCAUAAUGGGAACUGACUCCCCUCUCGCUCUGUCUCCUUCUAAUCAAUCAAUCAAACACCUUCUAGACCCCAGUCAGAAACCAAUCAGAAGCUCAGGACUGGACUGUGGUGACAUAGAUCCAUUUGUCCAGUCUGACAGUUUUGUUUACCUUGCUGUCUCAGCAAGACCCGCCUCUCGGGGUGAAGUCACCACAGUAACAAAAAUGUCCCUGCACGACACAAAACAAGACGGCUCUCUGAAACAGUCAGACAGCAUUAUACCACAUUCAGAGCAGACAAAGGCGCAACAGGAAGCCAAACCCACUCACCUCAACCCUCAAAAACCAGAGGAAGGAGACUUUCUGUGCACUGACAGCUUUGUCUACCUGGCAGCUCCAGCCUGCCUCCUACUGGACCCCACAGGAAGUACAUCCUACAGCGGCAGGGAGUCUGACUCUGAGAGUUCUGGUUCUGGCCCAGUUGACCUGUCAGUGCUUGGCUGUGGCUCGGUGGCGGGGGACAGUGACUGGGAUUCAGAUCUGUCUGACUCCGAUCCCAGUCGAUCCUCCAGAACAUCAGCUUCUGGUAACAAGUCUUCUGGCGCAGCACUGUCCAAAUGGCAGCCCGCCGACCCAGACUGGGACAUGUACGGAGAAGCCACUGAACCUGAGGUGCUCAGUGAGCCCUUCACAGAGCAGGAUAAGGACAACAAUGGCAAUGCGAGGAAGGUUGCCGGGGUUACCACCAGCAUGGGAGCAUCGCCUGCAAUUCCCAUGGCAACUCAGUCUGUUACCACUACAGUGAAGCAAGCAUCAACGGUGGAGACAUCAACAGCAAAAAAGGUGACAUGGCAGUUUAAACCAGCACAGAGAUCGGUCUGCACAGGAAGUAGGAAGGAGAAGGACGUAACUUCAUCAUCGAGGUUCGCAGAACUGGGAGGCGAGACAUACAGACCUCCUCCUUCAUCUUCUUCUUCUUCAUCAUCAUCACCAUCGUCGUCAUCAUCUGGUUGAUAUGUCAUGGAUGUUUUCGUUCCACCCUUUGGGCCGUGCUUGUCUGUGCCCACAGCUGAUAUGGUUGCUGAAAGGUAGAAUUUAACUUUAACUGAUGGCUUGAACACUGAAAGCUUUUUGCCUGUAGAUUUUGACUAUUGCAUUCAGCGUUCUUAUAAGCUUGUAAAGGCUGCAUAAAAUACUGGCUAGCUGUUGCAUUUUCUUAGAUUAGCCUAAAACAAUAACGCACAUUAUCUUUUUAAGUUCAAGACAGUGUGAGACUCAGGCUAAACGGAAUCUUCAGGGUGGAAAGCUUGGAAAUUUGGCCUCUGAUAUAACAUUUAACCCCAUAUCCAUGUGGCCAAUCCGAAAAGAUUGUUUUUGACUAAUAGGAAAUAUAGUUGGUCUCACAUUAUUCUCUAAAUAAUAUUUAUGAAUACUUUGUGGAGUUUUUUCAAAAAAAUUGUUUUGAAAGUCCUGAACAGGACAGCACAACUGUAAGGAAAGUCCUAAAACAGAUACAUUCACAUAAUUUUCAGUCACCUAUGAUUAAACACUGAUGUACAGUUUAAAUUGCCAUUAAAAUGACUACAGUAGAGGAGAAAAGUUUCUGCAAGAUAAUGACAUUGUAUGUAAAACAGCUAAAGUAAAUGUGUCUAGGGCUAUUUCCUAUGUCAAAUUACAAGUCCUUCCCAAUGUUACACUUUACUUCUUACUAUUUCAUGUAUGUACUUUAAAAACUGACUUUUAAAACAGACAGAGGUCAAACUUUACAGUGUAAAAUGUAUUUUAUAAUCACAUCCAAACUUAUAGUGCAUUUAAUAGUGUGUCAAUAAUAUAUUUUGAAGAUUGAUUUACUUAUAGAGCGAUAUAUAUGUGAUGAAUGUGCAAUCUGAACAAAUAACUGAAAGAUUUAGUAAUAACAUUUAUUUUAAAUGUUUUAUUUAUCAAUUAGAUUUGAAAUUGUGAAUGUAAUACUUGAGCAAUAUGCUUACAGAUAUUCUAUGUUUCAUAUAUGGAAAAUGUUGCCUGGGUGGUGUGUAUAGCAAUUGCUGAAUUUAUUUUAUUUAUAGGGCCAAAUACUGAUUGUAAAUGCAGUCUUGCACUCAUUUAGAGGGUCUAUGUGUGGUAUUUUUAACAGCAAUUUAUCAUUAGAGGUACCUUAGUUUAAAAGCCCUGAAGUAAACAAUGAGACCUUGCUUCAGAUGACUGAUAGCCCUUGUGUCUCGCCAGUGUUAUUUUUAGUACUACUAUUUCUCAAAAUAAAGACUGCAUCUCCCAUAAUCCCUUCUGUGCCUCCCUGGCAUAUUUGGCUUUUGUAAAUGUUUUCAUUUCCUCCCUUUUGCCUUUCAGUCCCUCCGCCAUUUGUCAGAGUGAGAGAAUUUGACAGCUUUAGCUCUAUUUGAGCUGAAAGAAAAGCAAUCUAGCAGAUUUCUGUCCAAAUCCAAGUCGGUGGCACACAGUAUAAGAUGCAAUGUGGAGGCUGGUAGAGCUGCCAAUCACACUAAAGUCUGGAAAUGAAUACUAUUUCAAUUUACUGAUGCUAAAAUUAUACUUUAAAAAGAGAGCACGGUGCUACCAGGUUUGUUCUCCAUAUUCCAAAUGUUAAAGAGAAGGUGGGCACUUGAAUCUUGAAGAGUCAUUUACACAAUAAAAAAUCUUAUUACAAGUGUAAGGUGGUUAAUGUAGGUCUGUGUGGGAAGCAGUGGGGUGUUGUGGCCAUGCUAUUUCAAGUUUUCUCUUGAAUUUCAAAUUGGGCAGCAGGAUGUUGACAAGUUCCAACUGAACUUACUGUGUGUGUUGAGAGUGAUGGUAGUGCGACUGCCCACGAGACUACAAUUUGGUUUGGAGGGUGAAUCUGUUGUGGGGGAUCCUUCAGCCUUGUAUUCUGACUAUGCCUCAUCUUUUAUAUAAAAAUGAAAAUAGAAACUGUUGCCUUGUGCAGCUCUAACUGCCAUUAUUACAACGCUCUUUUUAAACCAGCAGGAUUUAGCAGAGGCCUGAAUGCACCCGUCAGGUUUAGUGAUGGAUCUCUAGUGGAUUCGAGCACGGAUAUACAAGCACGUCCUCAGAGGAGCAGAGUGCUUUAGGAGUGCUUUAUUUGCUGUAUGCUACUGCUGUGUCUGUACUUUUAAAGCUGCAGGUCUUUGUAUUUGACUGUCUGAAUGUUUCUGGUACUGAAUGUGUAUCAGGAAAGUGGCAACAAGCCGCAGUUACUGUUUGCAUAGUUUAUUUUUUUGCUUUUUGCAUUUCUUGAUUUUGUCAAAGUGCCCCUUCUCCAAGUGUCAGGUAGUUUGUGGUAACUUAACUUGAAAUAUGUAAUAUAAAAGAAUGCAACAACAGUUUAACGACAGAGGACCACACUGUAAUUGCAGUUGUUAACAUACUCCUGUAACUGUAUUGAUUAAAUUGAUAAAAUCCUAUGACAUACAGCGACUGUGACGUCUGAGGACCCUGGGAUCUGGGAUGCUUGUUUUGUUGUAUUUUACCACAUUACUUAAAUAUCAGAGAGGCUGUCUUUUAUCAGCAGGACAGAAUUAGCUCUUCCUUGGAAUCUCACAUUGUGCAGUAUGGACAUACUCCACCCACAUCUCACAUGUGAGCAAUAUGAAGACAAGGAGUGGGUGUUGAGCGUUAAGACAUUAUUUUUCUGAUCUGGUCUACUUCCACAUCCUUUUUAUUCGAUAAGAAAACUAGCAUUGAACAAUGGCAAUAAAUCAAGUUUAGCAUUAGGGGUUUUGCCCUGCAGCUCCACAUUAGGGCUCCAGGCAGUUUCGUGGUCGUUCUCUGCCAAUCUGGCAUCUUUACACCAUUGUGUAUGGGUGGCUGUGCUGCUUAUUCCUUGUUGUAGAAAUAGGACUAGGACAUGGUAAUUAUAAAAUUAUCUGGACGAACUGUCUGUGGGCCCACAUCGCCUAUAUAGAUGCACUUGCUGUACGUCACCCUGACCCUAAGUUCUGGCUGAGGUCUCAUUCUAACAUGGCUGUUUACAUGAUGCUGUUCUUUAAAUGUACAAUGUGUGAGUUUUUCCUCAUAUAUUUAACAAUUGGCUCUAUGUUGCAUAGCACAAGACACCUCUUUCUAUUGGAAUACUGAAAUACUUUCUAACCCCGCUGCUUUAUUUACCUGCUGGAAAGGAUUUUCGUUCAAGGAAAUAACCCUUGAAGUGAUGGAAAUGGACUAAAUUAGAGGAGGAGCCGCAUGGCUGGAUGUACUAUUUUUAUCAAUGACAAAAACCUUUGGUUUUCACUCGCGUUAAACUGUGGGAAGACAUCUAGUUCCACUGUGAUGUAUUAAGGAUGAAUUACUUUAUACAUUAUUCAAUGAAUUUUGUAAAGUUGAGUAACAUCAGGUCAUAUACAUAAUUAUUUUGCGUUUCAUGUAAAUGCUGAUCACUGUUAAAGCUUAGUGGUGACUAACACACAAGAGGGAUUUAAAAAGGAAAAUGACGACUUAUGUGAAAUCUUAUUGUGUGCUGUAUUUCCAAGCUUUGUUAAAAUGCAUUAAUGUACAAAUAAAGCUGAAACUUGAUGGUGA